AUGGCGGUCCAGCCAAACAGCACGAACGAGGCCCCUUGGCAUGCGGCGUAUCCCGCCCCAAACGCUGCCGCGGGGUCGCUUCCCCGCCACGAACUUUUGCAGUGGUUCCGCGAUGGGAAGCAGCCCGGAAAGGACUUUGUGCUGGUGGAUGUGCGGCGUACGGACUUUGAGGGGGGCACGAUUCGGGGAUCGAUCAAUCUGCCCGCACAGAGUCUGUAUCCCACGCUUCCGGCGGUGUACGCCCUUCUCGCAAACAGUGGUGUGACGCAUGUUAUCUGGUACUGCGGCUCUAGCAGCGGCCGUGGCCCCCGCUCAGCUAACUGGUUUGCGGACCACUUGGCGCAGGAACAAGACGCGUCGAUGCAGAGCUUGAUUCUGGAAGGCGGGAUCAAAGGCUGGGCGGCCGCUGGGCCGGAGUAUACCGAGUUGAUGGACGAGUACGAUGCCAGCGUCUGGGCCAAAAAAUAG